AGCUCUGGCCCUGGUCACACAAUUCCCAUGCCUUAGAGAUUCAGAGGGCAGUGGAUAUGUGAGUAUGCCCAGCAAUUGACAGAACUAUGGUUACCUUCACACUGCAGUAGUAUUUUUGAAUAACACAACGAAGAUAUAUUCAAGACAUUUUUGGGUAAACUAUCCCUUUAACAUAUUUAUGUUUUAGGGAGUAUGGUAUACACCAGGGCGAUACCGCCAUCCAGCCACAGGGUUUUUGGAGGAACGACUCCGUAACAUCAGAAAGCGCCUCCACAGUCACAGUUCAGCAUCAGCACAGCGAUCACAGACCACAAAUGAGCGCCGAGCUACUGUGACUGAUUGCAUCACUUUAUUGCCAGACACAGAAGUGAGUGAGGCAGACAAUAGCAAAAUGACAGAGUGGCUUAAGAAGAGUAAGCAACCAGUUAGUCAAGUUGAGGAAUUUAUGAGAGGAACCGCUAUCUACCGAGCACAGUGGAUUAGAGAAAAUGGAUCAAAAAUCUCUAAUGGAUAUAACUCAAGAGUAUCCAAGACUUUUGGACACCCCUGGAAUGAUUGCUCAGGACUUCGGUAUUUUAUACCCACAUGCCAAAGACAAACUUUUUGAGCUCUGGGGACAUGCAUCUCAACGAAUACUUUCAUAUUGCAAGACGGAGAAGAGAGCUUUGGAUCUUCUUCCACUUCAAACUAACAUUUCUUCUGACACUCUUGGAGAUGUUGCUUUAAAAACUCUCCCAGCUAUCCUUCCUCCAUUGCCAUACAAAAUUGGCAGCAAGAUGGUUCGGCCCUCUUACCAGGAGGCAAAAGAAGCAUUCGUUGAUUUGCAGCCUGUAAGUACAUUUAUGACAACACAUUUUGGUUAUUAUUUGAUCUACGUGUGCAUAUUUACCAUUUCAAAAUUCUAUUCAAAGGUUGGGACAAACAUCAUUCAGUACUUGGAGGAGGAGGAACAACGGAGACAAUUCCCUCAUGUCCUGCAGCUUGGGGAUAAAGUCAAUUGCUCUCAAGCCUUCGUAAUUGUGGGAGGAGUGGCACUGGAGCAAGACAGCCUUUUGCAAGCUGUUGAUACAUGCUUUAAAUUAUUUUAUGUUUUGGACAUUGAAUAUCCCAAGCCUGCUGCUGCUGUUUGGCAGUUUCUACAACACACAAUAUAUUCUGUGCCAGGAGGUGUUCCAUCAACACACUGCCGCCUACUUAGGCAGUUUAUAAUUGGAUGAGCUGGACUAGCUUUUUG